AAGCCGGCCGGACCCUUCUUCCAGGUGACAGCUGCCACCAUGGGGGCUCCGGCCCUCCUGUGGCCUCCCCUGCUGUUGCCAUUGCUCACGGUGCUGUUUGGCCACCUUCCAGGGACCUUGGCCCAGGCUCAGGUCUGCUCUGCGAACCAGACCGUGUUUACAAUGAACGAGAACACCACUGUUUCUGGGCCACUGGCGGACAUUUUUGUCCCAGAAGACCAGUAUGUGACCUUGGGACAGUUGUCCACCCCUAAUGCCUUUAAGGUUGAGGGCAAUAAGCUGUUUCUCAUCGUGACUCCAGAUUAUGAGGAAAACUCUUUGCUGGAGGCAGUCCUGGAGUGUAAGAGAGGAGAUACUUUGGUGACACAGUUCAGGGUGUUUGUGGCUGUCCUGGACAUCAAUGACAAUGCACCAGAAUUCCCCUUUACAAUCAAGGAAUAUAAUGUAUCGGAGGACACCAGAGUGAAUACGAUCGUCAUCCCUGAGACAGAGCUGAAGGCUACAGAUGCUGACAAAGAUGACAUCCUAGUCUACACUCUGCAGGAAGUGACCCCCAAUGCCAGCAAGUUCUUCUCCCUGGUGGGCAUAAACUCCCCUGCUCUGAAGUUGGACCAGACUCUGGAUUACUACAAGAGUCCGAACAUGACCUUCAGGCUGCUGGCACGGGAUACUAGGGAAGAGAAUGUAAUUCCCAGCCAUACGGCCACUGCCACCGUGGUCUUGAACGUGCUGCCAGCUGACCUACGGACCCCCUGGUUCCUGCCGUGCUCCUUUACGGAUGACUACUUCUGCAUUCAGGCCCAGUACCACACAGUUAUCCCCACAGGACACAAACUGCCAUCCCCUCUCAUCUUGAGUCCUGGUCCCAUCUAUGCUGUGGACGGAGAUCAGGCCAUUAACCAGCCUAUCGUCUACAGCAUUAUGAUGGGAAACACGGAUGACACAUUUAUCAUCAACAAAGACGAUGGCAACCUCACGAUGGCCAAAAGUAUCCCCAGCCCCAUGACCUUCACCCUGGUGGUCAGGGCUGAGCAGGCUGACAUGGCUCGAUACUCAGUGACUCAGGCCGUUGUGGAGGCUCGAGAUGUCACUGGGAACCCACUCCAGUUCUCUCAGAGCCUGUACUUUGGCACGGUGGUACUGGGUUCUGAGGCUGGCACAGCAGUGAAGGACAAGACCUUCCCUUCAGAGAUCCUGAGGAUCCAGGCUCAGUACCUAGGCUUCCCGGACCUCAACUCGGCUGUCACAUAUCAAGUCACCAACUCCUCAGAAUUCAUCAUGAAUAAGGAUAUCUUGCUGACCACUGUGCCUAUGGAGACAGAAAGAACAAUCCGCAUAGAGGUAGAAGCUAACAAUACUGUGACUAAAGACAUAGCCACCACUAUUGUGGAGAUCCAGGUGUCAGAGCGAGAGCCGCCCUCCACAGAGUCCCCCACACCCCCAGAAGCUGGAGGAACAACUGGGCCUUCAAGUAACACCACUUUGGAAACCCCCUCGACCUCUGGGACCUCUCAAGGACCUGCCACAACCAGCUCUGGGGGAAGUGCUGGCCCAUUCCCACCUGCAGGCACAACUCUAAGCCCACUCACCUCUGCCCCAACUGUACCUGGGGGGUCCCCUACUCUUGGAAUCAGCACCUCUCCCCAGACAGCUACUCCUGGUGGGGAUGCAACACAGACCCCCAAACCAGGUACCUCUCAGCCAAUGGUCCCCACUCCAGGGGCUAGCACCUCUUCUCAGCCAGCCACACCUAGUGGCAGCUCAACCCAGACCCCCAAACCAGGAACCUCUCAGCCAAUGGUCCCCACUCCAGGGGCUAGCACCUCUUCUCAGCCAGCCACACCUAGUGGCAGCUCAACCCAGACCCCCAGGCCAGGAACCUCUCAGCCAAUGGUCCCCACUCCAGGGGCCAGCACCUCUUCUCAGCCAGCCACACCUAGUGGCUCAACACAGACCCCCAAGCCAGGAACCUCUCAGCCGACAACCACUGGGCCCAUAUCAGGAGUAGGCGAGCUGGGUGAUGGCCAGAGAUUUUCCACGGUGGACAUGGCAGUGUUGGGCGGGGUGCUAGGGGCACUGCUGUUGCUGGCCCUCAUCUUCUUGAUCAUCCUCAUCCAUAAGCACUACCGACAUCGGUUCACUUGCUGCUCUGGCAAGGCAAAGGAGCCACAGCCAAGUGGCUAUGACAACCUGACCUUCCUCCCAGACAACAAGGCCAAGUGGUCACCCACCUCCAACCGGAAGCCAGAGCCGGGCCCUGAGCCUGUCCAGCCGCCCCUCCGGCCUCCUAGUCCCAUGUCUUCCAGUCCCACGCCCCCCAGCUCCAUGCCUCCUAGCCCUCAGCCCAAAGCUUCCGGGUCUCCCAAGACAGUCCAGGCAGGGGACAGUCCUUCAGCCGUGAGGUCUAUCCUGACUAAGGAGCGGCGGCCGGAGGGGGAGGGCGGCUACAAGGCUGUGUGGUUCGGCAAGGACAUCGGGGCAGAGGCUGAUGUGGUGGUUCUCAACGAACCCACCGCCGACGUGGACAGCGCCAGUGCCUCGGGAAGUGAGGGGAGCGAUGAUGAUGAUGACCCUGACCAGAAGAAGAGUCUCCGCCUUGGCGCAGUCGCAGACAACACUUACGUCUAGCUCAGCGCCCGGACUCUCCGCCCCAAGCCACUCCCCUUUCCUCCUCUAAUUAAAGUAGCACUUUCGAA